CAUCACAAGUUCUUGGACAGCGUAGCUUGUAUAGAAAUACCAGAGCUGAGCAUCUGGCGGGGCAGUUUUGAGCGACGCUCGGAGCCUUGUGCGGCGGUGGUGGGGUUCUUGCAGCCACCUCAUGGUCCAACGACCAGGGUCUUUCCAAAAGUCUACACCACACUCCCCUCCUCAGCGUCUCCCAUCGCGGAAUCAACCCACCACCACCUCGACUCUUCAGCCUUGCGCUCAAAGCUCCCGUCAGUUCCAACUGAACCCACGUCCGUUCAUUUACAGCCCCCACGACCCAGACACAACCGCCCACCAUGGAUAUCCGCCUCCUCAAGCCCGCCGACCUCCCCCUCAUACAGCACGCCAACCUCGAGAACCUGCCCGAGAACUACUUCCUAAAGUACUACCUCUACCACGCCCUCUCGUGGCCCCAGCUCAGCUAUGUUGCCGUCGACGUCUCCCGCCCCAAGCGCACCCCCUACGACUACCCCAAGAUCGUCGGUUACGUCCUCGCCAAGAUGGAGGAGGAGCCCACCGACGGCGUCGCCCACGGCCACAUCACCAGUCUCAGCGUCAUGCGCACCCACCGCCGUCUAGGUAUCGCCGAGAAGCUGAUGCGCCAAAGUCAACUCGCCAUGGUCGAGACCUUCGGCGCCCAAUACGUCUCCCUCCACGUCCGCGUAUCCAACCAGGCCGCCAUCCACCUCUACCGCGACACCCUCGGCUUCAAGAACGAAAAGACGGAGAGCAAAUACUACGCCGACGGCGAGGACGCCUACUGCAUGAAGCUCGACCUGGGCUACAUCCGCGAGCAGAUCCAGGACGAGCGCGACCGCGAGGAGGAGGAAGCCGCGGGUGAAGCUGCGGACGAAGGCGAGGCCGUGGGCGAUGUUGGGCGCGAUCCGAAUGCGCCUGCACCCUCUGCUGCUGAUAAGAAGCGCAAGGUCAAGGUCGGUCGCGGGUUGGGUGUUGGGGAGCUCGUUGAGAAGAAUGAGAGCAAGAACUAAGGUGGAGCUCCCUGGGGCAGAGUUGGCCAGAUUCUCGCUCUGAUCGCUAUGAGAUGGGCUGUGAUGAACCGGGCGCGGGCAAAAGAUUUGCUCCUUUCCUCACUUUUGGGACAGCGUAAGCGUCUGUUCGUGGCUUGGGUGGGAAAAGCAUCAGGCAGAUGGCACUUGGCAGGUUGAUGACGCAGCUUUUCGAACUGUUACCGCCAUGUGGUUCCGAAAUUUUCGUUGUAAUCUCUCAUGCCAUCAGGAGGACAGACGGAAAUGUAGAGAGCUCAAUGUUGGGACGAGAAUGAGGUGGCUAGCACGUCUAUACGAGCUUGACCUGUGCAGUGGAGUUCAAAAGCUUUAUACGAUCAUGUUCAUGACUGGGUUAUGGCGCAUCAUAGCAAGGUACCCAAAACAAGACAAUAGACGAGGCCAUUGGUGGCGGUAUCAAAUGGAAAGAAA